CCCAUUUCCCCGCUUCGGCUUGCGCGAGACUCUUCUUUUUCGGGCUUCUGGAAUUCAAAACUGGACUUCCUCUCUCUCUCUCUCUCUCUCUCUCUCUCUCUCUCUCCUUCUACGGCUCUCCCAAAGUUUAAGUGCAGUGAAUAAUUAACUAAGCUCUCUUCAACUGCCGCCAUGGAAAUAGACCCCGAUGACCUUUUCAGAGACGACGAAGGCGACCCAGAUAAUGAACUCUUCCAGGAAAGAGAGUCGACCAAGGAGCUUGUGGUGUACCUGGUUGAUGCUUCCCCCAAAAUGUUCGCCACUACUUGUCCAGCCGGAGACCGGAAGGAUGACACUCAUUUUCAUGUUGCUGUGAGUUGUAUUGUACAGUCUUUGAAGACGCAAAUCAUUAAUAAUUCGUACGAUGAAGUUGCCAUAUGCUUCUUUAACACUAGGGAAAAGAGGAACUUGCAAGAUUUAAAUGGUGUUUAUGUGUUUAACGUCGCUGACCGAGAGUAUCUAGACAGGCCAACAGCCAGGCUAAUAAAAGAAAUUGAUAACAUAGAAGAGUCAUUUAUGAGCAAAAUUGGGAGUCAGUAUGGUAUUGUCUCUGGGUCCCGAGAAAAUUCACUUUACAAUGUCCUCUGGGUAGCCCAAGCACUGCUGCGUAAAGGAUCUGCGAAGACAGCUGAUAAGCGUGUUCUUUUAUUUACAAAUGAAGAUGAUCCAUUUGGCAGCAUUAAGGGAGUGAUAAAGACAGAUAUGAUGAGAACCACAUUGCAGCGGACUAGAGAUGCACAAGAUCUUGGCAUCUCAAUUGAACUUCUUCCGUUGAGUCGGCCUGACAGUGAUUUCAAUGUUUCUACAUUCUACUCGGAUUUACUUGGACUCAAAGGCGAUGAUCUUGCACGAUUUAUGCCUGCAGCAGGAGAAAAAUUGGAAGAUAUGAAGGAUCAGCUUAGAAAGCGAAUGUUCAAGAAGCGCCUAGUUAGAAAGAUCACUUUCUCAAUUGCCAAUGGACUAUCAAUUCAACUGAGUUCUUAUGCUUUAAUUCGUCCUACUCUUCCAGGAGCAAUCACCUGGCUUGAUUCUGUGACUAAUCGUCCUUUAAAGACUGAAAGAUCUUUCAUCUGUGCUGAUACUGGUGCUCUGGUGCAAGGAUCUGCAAAACGUUUUCAACCUUACAAGACUGAAAAUAUCAAGUUUUCAGUGGAGGAACUUUCAGAGAUCAAAAGAUUUUCCACUGGACAUCUUCGUCUUCUUGGUUUCAAGCCAUUAAAUUGCUUAAAAGAGUUUCACAACUUGAGGCCGUCAACAUUUGUUUUCCCUACUGAUGAGGAACUGAUUGGUAGCACAUGCAUUUUCAUUGCUCUGCAUAGAUCAAUGCUACGGCUAAAACGUUUCGCAGUUGCAUUUUAUGGUAGUUCAUCUCGUCCUCAAUUAGUUGCCCUUGUUGCUCAAGACGAAAUAAUUAGUGCUGGUGGUCAGGUUGAGCCACCGGGAAUGCACAUGAUAUAUCUUCCAUACUCUGAGGACAUUAGAAACACUGAAGAGCUUCAUACAGGUUCAAAUGUUGCACCACCUCAUGCAAAUGAUGAUCAAACUAGAAACGCUGCUGCUUUAAUCAAACGUUUUGACUUAAAAGAUUUCUCAGUAUUCCAAUUUGCCAACCCUGCCUUGCAGAGACACUAUGCAGUACUGCAGGCCCUAGCCCUGGAGGAGGAUGAGAUACCAGAAAUCAAAGAUGAAACGGUGCCUGAUGAGGAAGGCAUGUCUAGACCUGCAUUUGUUAGUGCAUUAGAAGACUUUAAGCAGUCUGUUUAUGGGGAUAAUUAUGAAGAGGAAAACGAUGCUGUGGGAAAUGGAAAAGCAAAUGAGACCUCCAAAAAACGAAAAGCAGUUUCUGAAAAUGCAGUUAAAGAGUCUGGUAACUAUGAUUGGGUUGAUCUUGCAGACAACGGAAAGUUAAAGGAUUUGACUGUCACGCAGUUGAAGUACUAUUUGACAGCAAAUAAUCUUCCGCUUGCCGGAAAGAAGGAAGCUUUGAUCAGUCGAAUUUUGACACACAUGGGGAAAUGACCAAGGCCAACUAUAUAUCUUCUUUGCAAGAUCGAAAGCUGUGUGGCUACGGUUCCGAUGAAUGGUACGUUGUGAUCACCAGGGGUUUAUGUACUUACAGCUGUGCAUGAAGAUCACCAGGGAUUUUGAAAGGUGAAGGCUCAAUUUUGUGGUGACAACCAAUUCACUAAUUCAUUACAAAUGAGCUGUUACUCAUCAUGAAAACAUGGUGCAAAUCUGACUUCACCAUUGUAUGUAUGAAAAAUUUGUUCAUUUUCAUCUUUAAUGAUAAGAAUUGGAAACUUUUCAAGUAA